AUGACAGGUUCUGGGAAUCAGCAUGAGUCUGCCGAAUAUUGGCGCCAUCACUUGGAAGAAUUGUCUCCGUGUCAAUUCCCCAGGCUUGGAGCCAAAGGCGUCCAGCGCACUAAACGUCCCAUGACCGUUCGAAUGAGCCUGCAAGACUCGAUAAAGCUGCAGGAGAUAUGCAGUUCUGGAGCGAUAGCGUUGCCCGCAAUUUUGCGCGCCGUCUGGGCGCUGGUGCUUAGGUGUUAUACCGACUCGGAGGACGUCUGUUUCGGGUACCAGGAAACAGGUUCCGGGCAGGCGAACUCUAGCAGCAUGGCGGUUGCGCGCUUGAAAUUUUCGGAUGAAAUGACUUUAGAUGAGCUUGUUGAGGCGGCGAAAGGUGAGUAUACCCAAAGUCUCCCCCACCAUAGUUACGUAUCUUCUGGAAGCUUUAAUGCCGUAAAAAUGGGCCAGCAACGGCCAUUCAAUACCGUUCUGGUGUUGCGAACGCUGGCUAAUGUAGGAAAAACCAUUUCAUCUCCGGCUGCGGCCGGUCCAUUCAAUGUGAUGCUUCCCGAGGAUUGUGCCGUCAGAAUCCUUGUUAAGCAAAUUAACGGCACCGUCAGCAUGUUUCUGGAAUGGUGGAAUUCUGAAAUGAAUAUGGAUCAAGCAUUGGAUGUUGCAAGCACCUUUGACAAAAUCCUAACCACCACACUAAAUUCCCCUCAAGAGAAUAUCUGCCAGUUAGAUGCAUUCACAGGCCAUCAUAUGAAGCGAAUCUCGAAGUGGAACAGCAAACCUUUGGAGAAAGUCAACAAAUGUAUACACCAAGUUUUCCAGGACCAAGCGAGCCGUCGACCAGACGCAGAGGCUAUCUGUGCGUGGGAUGGCAGCUUCAGCUAUAGAGAGUUUGACGAAGUGACGUCUCGCCUGGCGAAUCACUUAGUUUCCAUGGGUGUGGGCCCGGAGGUUCGAGUUCCUUGCUGUUUUGAGAAAUCGAAAUGGUAUCCUGUUGCUGCAUUCGCAGUGAUGAAAGCAGGGGGGGCGUUUGUUCCGCUUGACCCUUCGCACCCAAUCCCACGCCUGCAGUCUUUAAUUAAUAAACUCGAAGCAUCCUUACUCCUGUCAUCUGCCGAACACCUGGAUCACCUGUCGCAAGUUCUUGAAGCUGUCAUUCCCAUUGACGAGACUCUUAUCGAGAGUCUUCCCCUGGUAGGAAAGCGCCAGGAAUAUGUCCCACGCUGCGAGCCAGAGAACGCUGGUUACCUAAUUUUUACAUCCGGCUCGACCGGCGAGCCAAAGGGAACUGUUAUCGAGCAUACGGCGUAUGUUUCCGGCGCAACAGCGCAUGCGCCGAUACUAAGGAUAACGGCAGACUCCCGCUGCCUUCAAUUUGCUGCCCACACAUUCGAUGCUUCCCUAGUGGAAAUGGUCACUCCGCUACUCGUCGGGGGGACGGUGUGCAUCCCCAGCGAGGAGGCACGGAUGAACGACAUUGUCGGCGCGAUCAAUGCGAUGGGUGUCAACCACGCGACGCUCACGCCGUCUUUCGUCACCUUCAUCGCACCCGCCCAGGUCCCCAGCCUAGCCACGCUGAUCCUGGCGGGCGAGGCGAUGUCGCAGUCGCACGUUGAUGUGUGGUCGUCGCGGAUCACGCUCAUCAACGGCUAUGGCCCAACCGAAGCGUCUGUGUGCGCCACCACCAAUGCGCACGUGACGCCUAGCUCGGACCCCAAGGACAUUGGCUUCCCCGUUGGGCUGCAUUGCUGGGUUGUGAAUCCAGAUGACCACGACCGCCUUGUCGCGCCUGGAUGUACGGGAGAGUUGCUUUUGGAGGGCCCGAGUCUUGCGCGGGAGUAUCUUGCAAACCCUGAGAAGACGAACGACGCGUUUAUUUAUGGCCCACGCUGGGCCCAGCCCUUGCCAGACGGCACCCGCCGGCGGUUCUACAAGACGGGUGACUUAGUUCGCUAUAAUUCCCCCCAGGGCUCAUUCAACUAUGUCGGACGCAAAGACACCCAAAUCAAAUUUCAUGGCCAACGGGUUGAGCUUGGCGAAAUCGAGCAUCAUGUCGUCGCCGACCCGAGUGUCAAGCAUGGUUUGGUGUUGUUUCCCAAAACUGGCUGCUGCAAAGGCCACAUUGUCUCCAUAUUCACCCUGACUGAUAAUUGUGCUGUCGAUGGCUCGCCAAAUCCAGACACCUUGCGACUGGUAGACAGGGCUAUACGAGAUCCGCAAAUCGAAGCAAUCAGACAGCGUCUGAACACGCGUCUGCCGUCGUAUAUGGUCCCUAGCAUUUCAAUAUGUGUCCAGUCGCUCCCGAUGCUGUCAUCCCGGAAGUUGGAUCGCAAGGCUGUGUCGAAAUGGGUAGACAGUGUUGAAGAUGAACUGUUUCUUCAAAUAGCACCCGUCGAGACCACAACUGAUGACCAUGGAGAGGCUGCCAACAAGGUCGAAGAUCAGAUUAGAAAUAUAUGGAGUCGCGUGCUUAAUUUCCCUCUUAAUCGAGUUGGGCUAAACCAAAGCUUCUUAAGCUUGGGUGGCGAUUCCAUUACUGCCAUGACCUGCAUGGGUCAAUGCAAGAAGGUCGGCCUUGGAUUCACCGUCCAAGAAGUUCUCAGAAGCAAAUCUAUCAGAGAGCUUGCCGCCUGUGCAAAAGCAAUUGCCCAGGCAAUUGACUACAAGGAAGAGGUCGAUUAUCUUUUUGACCUCACGCCUAUCCAACAAUACCACUUUCAAGUACGAACCGAAGGUCAAGGGUAUUUUAACCAGAGUUUCUUCUUAAAGCUCUCCCAGCCUACAUCGGAGGCCAGUCUCCGUCAAGCCGUUGGAGCUAUUGUCGAACGCCAUUCGAUGCUUCGUGCCCGUUUUAGUAAGGAUGAUGUGACUGGACAGUGGAAGCAGCGUAUUGUAUCAGACAUAGCUUCAUCAUAUCGACUUCGUACACACAAAAUCCGAUCUCGGGCUGGAGCGGAUGCCGCCAUCGCUGAUAGUCAGAAUUCAAUGGACUCACGCAGCGGGCCGCUCUUCACGGCUGAUCUUUUUGACGUGGAUGGAGGGGAACAGCUUCUUUCUAUGAUAGGCCACCAUUUGGUCAUCGAUCUAGUUUCAUGGCGAGUCAUACUUGAGGACCUGGAAGAACUACUCCUGAACCCCCAGAAUCCUUCCUUGGCAGCAAAGUCUAUUCCAUUCCAGACUUGGUCAAAACUUCAAAUAGACCAUUGUCAGGACAUUGAUUUAUCCAAGGUUAUCGCCGCGGCGGAUAUUCCAAGUGGUGACUUUGCAUAUUGGGACGUUGACCCGCACCUUAACACUUAUGGUGCCGCCGCGUGUGAAGGCUUUGAGAUUGAUACCACACUGACAUCUCUUCUUUUGACGGAAUGCCACGAUUCUCUACGUACUGAGCCGGUUGAUAUUCUCGUAGCUACCCUUAUCCAUUCAUUCUCUGAAACUUUCCCAGAUCGUGUCGUGCCUGCCAUUUACAAUGAAGGUCAUGGUCGUGAGACUUGGGAUGACUCGAUCGAUAUUUCUCGCACAGUUGGCUGGUUCACAACUGUGUAUCCCGUUUUUGUCCCAGCUGUAUCUUCCGAUAAGAUUACUGACACUGUUAUGGCUGUCAAAGAUAUUCGUCGUCGUGUUCCCGGAAAUGGGCGGCCAUAUUUUGCUGGUCGAUUUCAUACCGCCGACGGAAGGUCCAAAUUCAGCCACCAUGCUCCAAUGGAAGUGUCAUUCAACUAUCUCGGCCAAUAUCAACAAUUGGAGCGUAACGAUGCCCUUUUGCAACCUGUCGAUGAAAUGGCAGGUGAAGCUAGAGAGGCCGGGGGCUCCGCUGAUUAUGAUAAGAUAACACCACGGUUCGGGCUCUUUGAGAUUUCUGCCGUAGUCGCCAGCGGAAAACUACGCUUUGCAUUCACUUUCAACCGAAACAUGAAAUAUCAACCUGCCAUACGGCAAUGGGUUUCGCAAUGUCAGCAUAAUCUCCGUCGGGUGGCUGACGAACUCGUAUCUAUGACACCUCGUGUCACACUUAGCGACUUUCCAUUACUGUCGCUCACAUAUAAAGAUCUUUCCGCCCUGGAGACAGAGAAAUUGCCACAAAUCGGUGUGUCUAGCAUCAAUGAUAUGGAAGAUGCUUACCCAUGCUCGCCGAUCCAACAAGGAUUGCUUAUCAGCAGUACAAAAGAUGGUGCGGUCUAUGCUGUUCAAGGAACCUUUGAAGUUCAGCCUCGGGGUUCUGAUAAAGUCGAUAUGGAUCGUCUUGCUUCGGCUUGGCUACAGGUGGUGGCACGUCAUCCAGCACUUCGGACUGUAUUCUUGGAAGACUUAACAGCUGAUGGACUCUACAACCAAGUUUGUUUGAAGAAAAUAGACGCUGAAUUGCUUCGCUUACGGUGCCAUGAUGAUGAAGAUGUGGUCCCAACUUUUGAAAAGCAAGAGCCCACCAAUUAUGAAACCAGAAAGCCGCCCCAUAGGUUCAGUAUUUGCCAGACGUCACGCCAAAAAGUAUUUUGUCGCAUUGAAAUGAGUCACAGUAUUAUGGACGGUGCCUCUAUAUCAAUCAUAUUCCGCGAUCUCGCCGUGGCCUACGCUGGAAAACUCGCUGAACAGCCAGCAACGGGUUUCGGCAAAUUUAUUGGGUAUCUUCAAGAGCAACCUGCGUCGAAAGGCAUCGAUUUCUGGAGUGCUUAUCUCAGUGGUGUUGAGCCAUGUCACUUCCCAACUUUAAAUGAUGGCCGCAGCUCUGAUAAGACCCUUCAGACAUUGCGACUUGAAUAUAAGAAGCUGAAAGAUCUCCAGAGUUUCUGCGAUACAAAUGGACUCACCCUCUCGAAUGCGAUAAAUACUGCUUGGGCACUGACCUUGCGGGUAUAUAUUGGCUCUGAUGAAAUGUGUUUUGGGUAUAUGUCCUCCGGUCGUGAUGCCCCCAUUCCUGGGAUUGAGGAUGCUGUCGGCCCCUUCAUCAACAUGCUUGCCUGCCGUGUUAAUAUGCCAGCUGAAGCCCCUCUCCGAAAAAUCCUGGAGGAUGUUCAAAAAGAUUAUAUGGAUAGCCUUCCGCAUAAACACGCAUCCCUUGCCGAAGUUCAGCACGCCUUGAAGCUCUCGGAUACAGCUCUUUUCAAUACAUGUGUUUCUUAUCGACGGCUCCCACCAGCAACAGAAUCGGAACAAAUUAUCGACUUUGUUAGCCACUGUCCAAUUCAUGAUCCAACGGAAUAUCCAGUUUCCUUGAACAUAGAGGUUUCUGACGUUGAGGUUGCUAUUGACCUUGACUACUGGACCGAUUCCAUUUGUGACCGACAGGCCGCUAGUAUUGCUAACACAUUUGUUCGUUGCCUGGAGAACAUAGCUUAUAAUUCUGAACAGGCAGUCGGGCAGCUUGAUAAUGUGAGCAUACAAGAUUAUGAAGCGAUUUGGUCCUGGAAUAAAUCAAUCCCAGACACUAUCAAAAAAUGUGUCCAUGAAGUUGUGGCUGAAAUGACAGAAACUCGCCCGGAUGCUCCCGCCAUCUGUGCUUGGGAUGGCGAAUUUACUUACCGCGAACUGGACGAAGCUUCCACAGUCCUAGCAAACUACCUUGCAGCAUUGGGGGUCGCUCCCGAGACCUUUGUACCUAUUUGUUUCGACAAAUCCGCCUGGACCAUCGUUUCCAUGCUUGCCGUGUUGAAAGCAGGUGGCGCCUGUGUACCUCUAGAUGCCACACACCCAAAGGAUGCUCUUGAGUACAAAGUUAUGGACUGCGGUGCCGAGCUUGUCAUGGCAUCUCCUCAAAGAGCCGCUAUGUUUGAAGACAUCACCCCAUAUGUCGUUGCAGUUGACGCAGAACUUUUGGAGCAGAUUUCGGGGUAUGAUGAAUUUUAUGGCACACGGGCGUCCUACACGAAUCCUUGCUUUGUUAUCUUUACUUCAGGAAGUACUGGAAAGCCAAAGGGCGUUGUUUUAGAGCAUCGUUCGAUAGUGACAAGCGCUGAAGCCCAUGGCUCUGCCCUGGGAAUCGGUCCUGACACCAGAAUCCUGCAGUUUUCUGCUUAUACAUUUGACAAUAGCUUGGAGGAAAUGUUCACUACCCUCAUGCGAGGUGGUUGUGUUUGCGUUCCCUCCGAAGAAGAUCGAUUCAACAACCUUGCUGGAGCCAUCAAUAGACUGAAUGCCAAUUUUAUGGACCUCACGCCCACAGUGGCUUUACUUCUUCGCCCUGCCGAUGUCCCCUGCAUUAAAUCAUUGGCCGUUGGUGGUGAGGCGAUGACAAAACGAGUCAAAGAAAUAUGGGGCUCGAUUCCAAUCCACAACCAAUACGGCCCUUCAGAGUGUUCAAUUAACUGUACUCACAACCCAGACUCUGCUGCUGCGGACGUAUCCAGCAUUGGAAAGAGUGUUGGAAGCGUGUCUUGGGUUGUUGACCCUAUAGACCACAAUAGGCUCGUUCCUGUUGGGGCUGUCGGCGAGUUACUGGUUGAAGGACCUAUUGUUUCGCGGGGAUACCUCAAUGAUCCGGCAAAAACCGCCAAAGCAUUUAUUACAAGCCCUCUGUGGACUGAGAAAGACCCAAUCCUACGGACUGAUCAUAGUAGGCGAAUGUAUAAGACUGGUGACCUGGUGCGCUAUGACAGCGAUGGGUCUAUUAUUUACAUCGGCAGAAAAGACAACCAGGUCAAGCUCAACGGACAGCGUAUUGAGCUUGGAGAAAUUGAACACCAUGUUAAAGUCAACCUACCAGAAUCUGCCCAGUCCGCAGUACAAUUAGUUGUUAGGGAUGGUGCUAAAGCUCUCGCUGUUUUCUUGUGUACCACAGCUGCAACGGUUACUGACUCCGAUGGUAUUCUUCUUCCUAUGACUGACACUGUUCAUGAUACUGCCAGUGCCCUUGAGUCGGCCCUAUCUGCAGCCAUUCCUACCUAUAUGGUUCCCAGUAUGUUUAUUCCGGUAUCAAAAAUGCCUCUAACAGCAUCCGGGAAACUCGAUCGACGUGCAUUAUCUCGUGUUGGACAAACAAUGUCUGAUGAGCAAGCAUCUACAUAUAGACUUGCAGGCAGCAGCAGCAGCACCAAACCUCCCACAACUGACACAGAGAAGACACUCCAACAUCUGUGGGCUUCGAUUUUGUCUAAAUCAACCGAUGUUAUUGGGGUAGAUGACAGUUUCUUCCAGCAUGGCGGUGAUUCCAUUGGGGCAAUGAAGCUUGUCAGUGCUGCUCGCUUAAAAGGUCUCAGUCUGUCGGUAGCAACCAUCUUUCAAAAGCCAACACUUUCGCAAAUGGCUGCCAGCUGUCACGGCUCUCCCAAGCAACCUGGGAACCUGAAUGGAGCCAUAGGCCAGCGGGCAAUCGAGCCAUUUUCUCUGCUUCCUAGAGAUACAUUGGUCAAAACCUUGCUACAGGAAGUAGCUGAUAUUUGCGAUAUCGAAAUCGACUCUGUGCAAGAUAUUUACCCUUGUACUUCAAUCCAGGGAGGGUUGGUUGCUUUAUCAAGCAAACAGCCUGGAGCAUAUGUGGCACAGAACAUCUUCAAGCUACCAUCUGACAUAGAUUUCAAAAGGUUCAAGAAUGCUUGGCAAGCUGUCGCGGAUGCUGAUGCCGUCCUUCGUACCCGCAUUGUUUUCACCGAGGAACUUGGCUUUCUGCAAGUAGUCAUCCGUGAGCACCUCCCGUGGCAUUCUUUCAAUUCCAUGGGGGAUCUUGCGGAUGAACAUCGUAACUUGCCUGCCUGCGAUGGAGGAGCACUAUCUCGUUAUACAAUUAUUGGAGAGAAUUCUCGUUCACCACAAUUCGUUUGGACUGUUCACCACGCGUUGUAUGAUGGAUGGAGCAUUCCGACUCUACUAGAUAGAGUCGCUGCUUGCUACCGUAAUCUCAAUAGUCUUACAACAGUGAACACACCAUUUUCAGCCUUUAUUCAAUACCUAAGCUCCAUCGAUCCAAAAUCAUCCGAUGAUUUUUGGAGAUCCCACUUGGAUGACCCAAAAUGCACUGCUUGGCCACGGCUUCCGAGCCCCCAAUACCAGGUGAAUGCACGAAAUAAGGCUUCUCGAGUCUCUAGUAUCGAACCAGUUUCAUCUAGGGAAACUACAGUUGCCUCCAUUAUCCGGGCGGCCUGGGCACUUAUUACCUCCCUCUAUUCCUACUCUGAUGAUGUUAUUUUUGGGGAGAUGCUUACGGGUAGAGAUGCCCCAGUACCUGGAAUUGAGGAUAUGAUUGGCCCAACCUUCACUUCUAUUCCCUCUAGGAUUCAUAUAAAUCGCGAUCUUACUGUGAACGGUUUCUUAAAGGAUGUUCAGGAUCAGUUCGUGAAAGCAAUGCCACAUCAAUUUACUGGCCUGCAAAAUAUCAAGCGACUUGGGUCCGAUGCUGCUAUGGCUUGCGACUUUCAAAAUCUUCUUACAAUUACUCAGGAUGCUGACGAAUCUGCCAACGGGUUUUGGAAUAUGACCAGUUCUGGGACCACUGGGAGCAAUUUCUUUUCCUAUCCUUUGAAUAUUUCCUGUACAAUUGCUAAAUUGGAUAUACGCAUCGAUGCCCAUUAUGACCCUGAUAUCAUCCCCAAAUGGCAAGUUGAGAAACUUUUGACUCAUUUAGACACAUUCUUGAGACGACUGGCUUCAAGUGAUCAUGCCCAGACUGUACUGGGUGACUUGAAUCUCAUGGAAUGCGAUGACCUAGGCGCUAUUGAAAAGUUGAAUGCAAAUGGAGCGACUGUCUAUAACCGGUGUAUUCAUGAUAUGGUUUAUGAUCAGGUUCGUUCUAAUCCUGAUUCUCUUUCUCUUGAUACUUGGGAUGGCACUUUCACAUUCAAAGAGCUGGACGAGAUGUCGACAAACCUGGCCCACGAUUUAAUCAACCUAGGGGUGUGUUCAAGCCCAGAAGUCUUUGUUCCGCUUGUCUUCGAGAAAUCGGCAUUUAUGGUCAUUGCUAUGCUCGGUGUGCUAAAAGCGGGUGGUGCAUUUACUCCUCUGGAUCCAGCGCACCCUGUUUCUCGACUCCAGGAAAUUACAUGCGAUCUUGGGGCUACUUUAGUGCUGUGUAGCCCCAAGUAUAAAGACCUUAGUAGGAACUUGGCUCCUAAGACGCUUGCAGUCGAUAUGAAAUAUCUCCAAUCACUUCAAUCAAGAGGAGCACCUCUUCCGUCGAUUCCUCCAAGCAAUCCAGCCUAUGUUAUCUUUACCUCUGGGACAACAGGAAAGCCUAAGGGUAUUAUAAUUGAACAUCGUAACUUCUGUUCUAGCGCCAUGGCUCAUGGCCCUGUUCUUUUCUUUAAGCCUAAAAGACGAGUGCUCCAAUUUGCUUCUUUUACUUUUGAUGCCAGUCUUUUGGAAACACUCUCCGCCCUUAUUUUUGGGGCUUGCGUAUGCAUUCCGAACGAUUUCGAUCGAUUGAAUGACAUACAAGGAUUCAUUAAUAAGAUGAAUGUCGACUGGGCAGAAUUUACACCAUCUUUCAUUCACCUUUUAACGCCGGAAGAUGUUCCUAACCUCAAAACUGUCUCCCUUGUUGGUGAGGCUCUAUCUGAAUCUCAUAUUCUCACAUGGGCAAAUAAAGUCCAACUUGUGAACGGUUAUGGCCCUACUGAGGCUUCGGCACUUGCUGUUGUGAAUAAUAAAAUUACCACUAAAACGAGUCCUGUUAAUAUCGGACAACAGUUAGACCGGUGUUGGAUCGUCGAUGCGCGGAAUCAUAAUAGGCUUGUUCCAAUUGGGGCAGUCGGGGAGCUUCUUGUGGAAGGCCCUACUGUUGGCCGAUGCUACUUAAACAAUCCGGAAAAAACCGAAGCGGCCUUCAUCAUGAACCCAAAAUGGACCCAAGAAACUCCAUCCAACACAAGAAAGAUGUAUAAAACGGGUGAUCUUGUGAGGUAUAGUGGUGACGGAUUGAUGGACAUCAUUUAUAUUGGCAGAAAGGAUACCCAAACUAAAGUACGAGGACAGAGACUUGAGGUGGAUGAAGUAGAACACCAUCUCCGAGCUGACCAGGCCGUUUCAAACUGCUUGGUGACGGUUCCUUCGAAGGGCCUCCAUGCGAAGAAACUGGUUGCAGCUGUCUUUUCGACAAAUAUUGUUAAACCAGACUCUUCUGAGAGAUUGGCAAUCGAAACUUCCAAGGCCGCACUAUCAGAUCUGUCUCUUAUUCGAGAACGCUUACGCCGUCGACUUCCACCGUUCAUGGUUCCGACUAGAUGGGUUUGUUUCAAGGAAGUGCCCAUUAUGCCGUCUGGAAAGCUCGAUCGGCGCCAGAUAAUCAGGUUCAUCGAGGGACUAGAAGAGAGGGACGAACCAUCCCCUUUGGUCGUCCAAGAAAAGGAGGCUAAAGGCAUUUCUACAAUUGAUGUUGCAGCGGAGCUACAAAAAGUUUACAGUUACGUGCUUAAGUUAUCCUCCGAGGAAGUUGAAGCAGAAAACUCCUCAUUUUUGCAUCUCGGCGGUGAUAGCAUAUCUGCCAUGCAGGUCAUGGCAAAAUGUCGGUCUAAUGGUCUUUCUGUGUUAGUACAGGACAUCAUGCAAGCUAAAUCGAUCAAAGAGUUGGCAAGCAAAGUAAAACCCUCGAAGUUUGGUCCAAAGAUCAGAAUUACGGAUAAAGUUGAGACGACAGAAAAGGAAAGGGUAGCUGAACCCAUUCAAACUGUGAAUAUUGGCCAGGAGCUCCAAAAAGUCUGGAGUCAUGUCCUUAAAUUACCACUUGAGGAAGUUGACAUGGAGUCAUCGUUUUUGCACUUGGGUGGUGAUAGCAUAUCCGCCAUGCAAGUUAUGGCAAGGUGCCGCUCUCAGGGUAUUGACGUGGCUGUUCAAGACAUUAUGCAAGUGAAGUCCAUUGCUGAGCUCUCCACGAAAACUAAAGUUUCCGGCACCGCAAUGCCAGCUAGAAUUGUUGACAAAAAUGCUGUCACUAAUCUUAAAAGUGGGAACCCAUUUAAUCUAUCCCCUAUCCAACAGCUCUAUAUGGAAUGUGUUGGCGAAAACUGGCAACAAUUCAACCAGAGUCUGCUGAUGCGAUUGGCCUCCCAACGCCUACCAGAAGACGUUGCGAAAGCUCUUGACACAUUGAUUACAGCUCAUCCAAUGCUACGCGCCCGAUUUUUUAAAGCUCAUUCCGGCAAAUGGCAACAAAGAAUAAGCAGUGAAGUGUCAGAAUCUUAUCGCCUCCGUGUCCACCAUACUGUUCCCAGUCAAAUCCAGUCCUUGAUAGAAUCUAGUCAAAAAUGCCUUGAUAUUGAGAAUGGCCCUCUCUUCGCAGUGGAUAUUUUCCACUUUUCUGAUGCAGACAGCCAAAUUUCUUUCAUCGCCCACCAUCUAAUCGUUGACGUUGUAUCCUGGAACACUAUCCUCCAAGACCUUGAGGACGCCCUUGUAGGGUCUCAACUUACAUCUCGUGAUUCUACUUCUUUUCAGCAAUGGUGUGAACUACAGGAUGAAGAUGCUCAAACACAAUAUUUGGAAACAGUGCUCCCCUUGUGGGAUGUUCCCCAGGCUGAUUUUGAGUAUUGGGGCAUGGCUGAUACUCCAAACCUGAACGGGGACGUUCUCACAGAAAAGUUUGAGCUAAGCUUAAGGUCUACAAGUGAUUUAUUGACACCAUGUCGCAAAAGCAGUAGCUUUGAGCCCGUCGACGUAAUUCUUGCUGCCAUGCUUCUUUCAUUUCGCCAGGUAUUCUCGGACAGAGAAACAACUCCCGCAGUUUACAAUGAAGGACAUGGACGGGAACCAUGGGAUGCCAGCACGGACAUUUCAUCUACUGUCGGGUGGUUCACCACAAUGAGUCCUGUCUAUCUUCCAACGGACGCUGAUGUGAGCGGCGCGAAUGGCUUUUGCGACCUUAUUCGCUGGGUGGCGGAUUUCCGGCGCCGCAUGCCUGGAAAAGGAAGGCCAUACUUUGCCUACCGAUUCCUUACGGAAAAUGGGCGAGGUAGAUUUGGAAAUCACUGGCCUAUGGAGUUGUGCUUUAAUUAUCUCGGCCAGAUGAAACACAACGAAGAAAGUAAUGACAUCCUUCAACCCAUUGGAGGCGCAGGAGGACAAUCUGUUAACACCCUUUCCGACAUUGGAUCGAAGGUUCCACGGUUCUCCCUGAUCGACAUAUCUGCCGUUAUUAAAAACGGUAGAAUGUUGGUUUCUUUUGACUUUAAUACGAAAAUGAAGCGAAGAGCCUCUAUUCUAAAGUGGAUCUCUGGCUGUCAUGACCUCUUGAUCGAAGCGCCACUAGCCUUGGAGAAGCUGAGCCGCCAAUCUAUAAAAGAUUUCCCCUUACUCCCUAUUACAUAUGGUGGCAUGACUAAACUAGAAGUCCAACUCCCGGAAAUCGGGAUCUCGUCCAUGGAUGAAAUCGAAGAUAUAUAUCCACCUUCCCCAGUUCAGCAAGGCAUUUUGAUCAGUCAGCUUAAGGACCCAAGGAAAUACGCGUUCCACUUUGCUUUUGAAGUGAAAUCUAAUCGCAAAGGCCACCUCGUGGAUCCUCAUCGGUUAGAAAAAGCAUGGCAGGCCGUAGUGUCCCGGCACUCUUCUUUACGAACCGUCUUUAUUGAGAGUAUCGAUACCAAAGGCCUUCUGGAUCAAGUUGUUUUGAAAAAUGCCAAAGGAAUAACGCUUUUUGUGGAAUCAAAGUCUGCAGAAGAUGUAUUCGCUGAUACUGACGCUUUCGACUGCAGCACAAACAGAUUGCCCCACAGAUUCACUAUUUGCAAGAGUUUUGACCGCCGGGUCUUUUGCAGGAUUGAGAUAAGCCAUGCAAUAUCAGAUGGCACAUCCAUGGGACUUCUACUUGGAGAUCUUACCACGGCUUACGAAACCGAAACCGCUCUUCCACACGGACCAGCGUAUAGCGAUUUUAUCAAAUAUCUUCAGUCAACGCCGAAAGUAAACGGCCUCCAAUACUGGAGGAACUAUCUUUCUGGUAUCGAGCCAUGCCUUUUACCUUCCCUUGCGAAAUUUCCUCGCCACUCUAGCAGAUCGGCCGGUGAACACGUCUUCACUAUUGACCAAGGUUCCCAGCUUCGAAGCUUUUGCAGAAAACAUGGUUUGACUCCUGCAAAUGUACUCCAAGUUGUUUGGGGCCUAGUGCUACGUGCCUAUAUUGGAACAGAUGAAGUCUGCUUCGGAGUGGUAUCUUCUGGACGAAAUGUCCCUGUUUCUGGUGUUGAAGAUGCUGUUGGGGCUUUUAUCAAUAUGAUAAUCUGUCGCCUCGUACUUUCCCCGACCACUUUGCUGGACAACGUUUUACAAAAAAUACAAACAGAUUUUGUCAAUAGCAUGGAUCAUCAGAGCUGCUCACUUACCGAAGUGCAACAUGAUCUCGGUUUGUCUGACACGUCCUUGUUUAACACGGUCUUUACCUUUCAGAAAAGCUCGACCUCCCUCUCUACCGAUCCCGUUAUCUCCUUUGAUCAUCUUACUUCAACAGACCCUAAUGAGUUUAAUAUUUCUAUCAAUGUCAGCCUUCUUGACUCCUCCCUGGUCAUCGGACUUGGAUAUUGGUCGGACACAGUUUCUGAUGAGCAUGCGGUCUAUAUAUCCAAAACCUUCGAGCACAUCCUAAGAACAAUCAUUCAAGACGGUGGCUGUAAUCAGAUGGUGGGAGAACUUGAUCUUUUUGGUGAACACAGCAGCACUCAAAUUCGUUCUUGGAAUAAUCAGUCUCCGAAGGUGGUUAAUAAGUGCGUACACAGCCUUAUCGAACAACAAGCGCUGCUUAGACCUAGAAACACCAUGGCGGUGAAUGCAUGGGAUGCAAGUUUCACGUAUCUUGAACUGAAUACCCUUACAUCCCGUUUAGCGGCGCAUUUGACUACUAUUGGGGUUGGCCCAGACGUCUAUGUACCCCUUUGCUUUGAAAAGUCAGCUUGGACAGUUGUGGCUCAGCUAGCAGUUCUUAAAGCUGGCGGGGCAUUCGUACACGUUGACCCUGCCCAUCCAGAAAGCAGAUUGCGCAUGCUGAUCGAUGAUGUUGGAGCAGACGUUGUUAUAUGUUCUCCGAAGUACAGCCAAAAGGCGUCAAAGGUGUCAAACAGAACAUUUGUUCUCGACCCGACAACUAUUCGAAAUAUUCAGGAUGAUCAAACCCCUGCUACUUCGAGCGCCCGACCGUCGGAUGCAGCUUAUGUUAUAUUUACUUCUGGGACUACCGGGCGUCCAAAAGGGACCAUUAUCGAGCACGGAGCAAUCUGUACCAGUGCUCUGGCUCAUGGUGAGGGCUUAUUGAUGGACAGCUCUUCUAGAGUUUUUCAAUUUGCCUCUUACACCUUCGACGCUUCAAUCGUGGAGAUCCUCACUUGUUUGAUUAUGGGGGGUUGUGUUUGUAUUCCAAGUGACGAAGAGCGCUCGGACGACCUUCCAAAAGCUAUCACGCAGUACAAAGCUAGCUGGAUGGUCGUGACUCCAUCUGUUCUGAGCACAAUGAAACCAGAACAAAUCCCAACCAUGAAAGUCAUUGCCAUCGGGGGAGAAGCAAUGUCAGAGAAAAUCAUGGAAGAAUGGAGAGGUGGCCCAGCCAUACUUAACGUUUACGGCCCCACAGAAAACUCCGUUGUCUCUUCUGCCAGCCUCAAGGUUGAUAGAGAUGGAGUCACACAAGAUGAGAAUCGAUCCAACAUCGGGUAUGCUCUUGGGUGCAGAACCUGGAUAGUGGAUGCCAAUAACUAUAACCGUCUAGUUCCAGUGGGCGCUAUCGGAGAACUUAUCUUGGAGGGUCGCAUGGUGUCUAGAGGAUAUUUGAACAACCCUCAAAAAACCGCGGAAGCUUUCAUAGAAAACCCCGAAUUUACUGAAGACAGUCGCUUCCGUGGUCUGUUCUCUCGGAGCUGGCGUAUGUAUCGCACUGGCGACCUUGUUCGAUACAAUCCUGAUGGAACCAUCAACUUUAUAUCCCGUAAAGAUACCCAACUUAAGCUCAAUGGUCAGCGAAUCGAGCUGGGUGAAAUCGAAUAUCACUGUAAAGCAAGUCUUCCGGAUCAAACUCAAGCCGCGGUGGAAUUAGUUGUGCCCUCCGAUCGAGCUAAAAAGACUCUCGCCGUGUUCUUUUCUGUUUCUACCACAGCCAGCAACCUCGGGGCGUUGGUAAAAGCCGAUGGCACAGCUUCUGAUGAAUUACUGGUUCCAAUGAAUGAUGAUAUGAGAUCUAUGGCGAACGCUCUAGAAACAAGUCUGGGGUCUUCUAUUCCGACUUAUAUGAUUCCUCAUCUUUUCGUUCCAGUGUCGAAACUUCCUUGGACAUCCUCUGGGAAGCUUGAUCGAAAUCGCCUUCGAAAUAGCGUCCAAGACUUGUCGAAAGAUUCUGUUCGCUCCUUCAGAUUGAGAAUAUCAAUGGGUAAUCGUGCUGCAGCCUCAGGAACAGAAAAAAUCUUACAGAGCAUGUGGGAGAAAGUUCUCGACCUUCCCUCGGGCUCUGUUUCCACUGGAGACAGCUUUUUCAGACUUGGUGGCGAUUCUUUGGCCGCCAUGCAACUUGCCGGGGGAGCCCGCUCGCAGGGUAUUUCUCUAACGUUCGUGAAUAUUUUCAAAUGCCCUAUAUUGGCAGAUAUGGCCCGCACCUGCGGCACUGCCAAGGGAGAUUUACAGGCCGACGUGAAGCCGUUUGAGCUCAUACAAGAAACCGAGUCUGUCGACAAACUCAAACAGGAGGCUGCUGAACUUUGCCGUGUGGAUGAGAGUGAUAUUAAUGACAUCUACCCAGCAAGUUCGUUACAGGAAGGGUUUAUCACACUUGCUGUUAAACAACCUGGUGCCUAUGUCGCAAAAAAUGUGUUUCGGCUUGGUGCUACCGUUGAUGUGAUCAAGUUUAAGGCUGCCUGGCAAGCAGUUGUGCAGGACUUGGAUAUGUUGAGGACUCGUAUCGUUCACUCUGCGUCCUCUGAUUUUAUUCAAGUUGUUCUCAAACAUGAAACUAUUUGCUGGAAUUCUUACUCGAGUUUGACAUCCAUUUCUAACGAAGCUAUUCAACUACCCUCCCAUAAUGGCGGACGAUUGGCUACCUUUUCGAUCGUGGAUGAUUUGCCGUCUGCUACUCGAUACUUUGUUCUCACUAUCAGCCAUGCUAUCUAUGACGGCUGGAGCUUGCCGCUGAUGCUUAAAAGGGUUGAAAACGCUUACUUUGGGCAAGAGUCUCUUCAGGCGCAAACAGCCUAUGUGAAAUUCAUUCAAUAUUUGACCCAGGCAGAUAUUGUUGCGUCUGAAAACUUUUGGAGAUCCAAGUUAUCUGGAAUAUCCUCUGUCAACUUCCCAAAUGUCUCAUAUUCAUAUAAUGAGCAACAUUCAACAACUCGGACUAUUUCAAGCUGUACAAAAUUACCUACACGCAAAUCCGGUGAUAUUACUGUUCCAACUAUUAUCAGAGCGGCGUGGGCCUUGCUCGUUGCCGGACACACGGCAACAGAUGAUGUGUGUUUUGGUGAAACCCUCACUGGCCGGAAUAUUGAUGUCCCUGGAAUUGCUGAUAUCGUUGGCCCAACCCUCACAACGGUUCCAACCAGAAUCCAAAUCAAUAGGACUGCUACCCUCUCAUCGUACUUAGGGCAGGUGCAACAGGAUAGCACAGAUAGUGUUUCUCAUCAACACUUUGGCUUACAACGCAUAAAACGACUUGAUGGUGAUGCUGCGGCAGCAUGCGAUUUCCAGAACCUGUUGGUUGUCCAGACAGCCCAGGAGCAAAUCAAAGAAAGUUUCUGGAAUUUCCAUAACAAUGACGAUGAUCAAGACUUCUUUACCUAUCCACUUGUACUAGAAUGCAGCGUUGAUGGUACAUAUGUGAAGACAAUUGCUUACUUCAAAGAGAACGCCAUGAGUAGCUGGCAAAUGGAACGAGUGUUGGGCCAAUUUGGUUCCAUCAUGAAGCAACUUAUCAACAAACUUGAGAGUCCAGAGGCAACAGUCAAGGAGAUCGAUAUUUUCAGCCUUGAGGACAAAGAAAUCGUUUCGUUCUGGAAUCGACCAACACCAUUGGUGGUUAAUGAAUGUAUCCACGACAUUUUCACCAGUCGGGCAGAUUCUCAACCCGAUUCACCUGCAGUUUGUGAUUCAAUGGAAGAAUUGACCUACGAAGAGCUUCAAGACUAUUCAUCCCGUCUCGCACUGCACUUGGUUGGCAUGGGCAUCGGCCCAGAAGUCCUUGUUCCAGUUUGUCUUGAUAAAUCCGCUUGGGCAGUCGUUACUAUCAUGGCUAUUCUGAUGGCCGGAGGAGCCUUCGUCCCAUUGGAUCCGGGACACCCUCGUUCACGACACCAAGAAAUACUAGAGGAGACCAAUGCCAACGUUGUUCUCUGCUCAUCGAAAUACCAUGACAGAUUUGCUAAAUUAGUAAGAGAUGUUGUGAUCAUCGACAAAAUGUUUUUUAGCCAGCUUCCCCGGCCUCGCAGCUGCGCUGAACUUCUUGGACGAGCAAAGCCGGAAAAUACAGCCUAUGUGAUAUUCACAUCUGGCAGUACCGGCCGUGCUAAAGGCGUAGUAAUUGAGCAUAGAUCCUAUAGCAGCAGCUCGGCAGCAUUUGGACCGGCAGCCCUCAUGAACUCUCAGUCUCGCGUUCUUCAAUUCGCCUCGCUCUCCUUCGAUGCUUCUGUUAUGGAAAUACUAACACCACUUACCUUGGGCGGCUGCGUCUGCGUUCCCAGUGAAGAAGAAAGACUCAACAAAACCGCUAAAGUGAUCCAAAGAAUGAAAGUGACCUGGGCUUUACUAACACCUUCUGUUGCCAAUAUUAUUGAUCCUAACUCUGUCCCGUGUUUGGAAGUUUUGGUUUGUGGCGGCGAAGCUUUGUCUCCAGAAGUCAUCUCAAAAUGGUCCGACAAAGUCCAGUUAGUCAAUGCUUAUGGGCCAUCUGAAGCCUCAGUGGUGGCGACAAUAAAUUCCAAUGUCUCUUUUGAGAAAAAUCCAACAUGUAUCGGCUUUGGAACCCCGGCAACCACCAUUUGGGUUCUUGACCCGGUUGACCAUAAUAGGCUUGCUCCAUUAGGUGCAGCUGGUGAACUAGCACUUGAAGGGCUAACUCUUGCACGUGGUUAUCUCAAAAAUCCUCAAAAGACUCAAGAAGCUUUUAUCGAAGCCCCAGAUUGGACAGCGCAGUUCCCCUGUAGUGCUUCGUCCGCCCGCCGUAUUUAUAAAACUGGAGAUUUAGUGAAGUAUAACCCCAACGGUUCUAUUGAGUUCAUUGGUCGCAAAGAUAAUCAAGUUAAGAUUAACGGACAACGAAUGGAACUUGGAGAGAUAGAACAUCGCCUGGAUACUGAUUCCCGAAUCAGACAUGUGCUUGUUCUCAUGCCAAAAGGUGGGCGAUGCAAAAAGCGACUCGUUGCUGUGGCUUCUCUUGAUACGCUCUUCUCAGAAGCUCCGGCUUUGUCGAAUGGCGAUCUAGAAGUUGUGACGGAUAAGAGGUUCAAGGAUGAAAUCCGUUCCCAACUAAACAAAAUACAAGGAAACCUCUCCAGCCAGCUACCUCCGUUUAUGGUUCCCCAAAUAUGGGCCGUUGUCAAAGCAAUUCCAUUGCUUGCUUCCGGAAAACUUGAUCGAAAGAAAGUGGGCUCCUGGGUUGAAAAUAUGGAUGGUCGCCUAUACGAGGAAAUAAUGGGGAUUGAGGGCAAAGAUGAUACUCCUAUCCGAGCCCACGGAAUGGCAAAAGUUCUACAACAGAUUUGGUCCACAGUUCUUAAUAUCCCCCUUAACAAGGUCAAGUUAAACCAGUCAUUCAUGAGCCUAGGAGGCGACAGCAUAACGGCGAUGAGUGUUAUGUCCCGGUGUCGAAGGGAAGGAAUCAGCCUCUCCCUACAUGAUGUGCUACGAUGCAAAUCAAUACUUAACCUUGUAGAAAGUGUUGGAGCCACUGUUUCUGUCAUCCAAAAAGAAGAGAUCAUCAAUGAGCAAUUUGGACUCUCUCCAAUUCAACGGUUGUUUUUUGCGUCAUCCAACUCCCACAGUGGCCGUGAACGCUUCAAUCAGAGCUUCUCAUUGCGGUUAAGCAGACAAGUGCAUUCAAGCCAAUUGCAAAAGGCAAUCGAGGCAAUCAUUGGCCAACACUCUAUGCUUCGAGCUCGUUUUAGUCAGGGCGCCUCUGGCAUUUGGCAGCAAAUGAUUACAGAUGAUAUCAACCGGUCGCAUCGAUACCGAGUACAUGACCUAAACGACCAUAAUGAUCUUUCGGCAAUAGUUGCGGAUUCUCAAACAACUUUGAAUGUCGAACAUGGCCCUGUCUUUGCAGCUGACCUUUUCAAUAUUCGAAACAACAACCAGCUCCUAUUCCUAGCUGCCCAUCAUCUAUGUGUUGAUAUGGUUUCGUGGCGAAUCAUUCUUCAGGACAUUCAGGACUAUCUCGAAACGGGAUCACUAUCAGUCGAAAAGCCACUUUCUUUCCAAGCUUGGUGUGCAAUGCAAGCAGAUCACUGCGAGAAACAUAAAUCUGCAGGGGUUCUUCCAUUUGAUGUUACUCCAUCCAACCUUCGGUAUUGGGGGAUGGAGAAUAGGAGCCCAACCUAUCAAGAUGCGGAACAGCGAACCUUCCAGGUCGAUAAAGAAACCACCAAUAUGGCGCUUAAAAAUUGUCAUAAGGUGUUCCAGACAGAGCCUAUUGAUCUGUUCCUGGCUAUCAUUGCUCACUCCUUCAGUCGAGUGUUUUCUGAUAGAGAAAUUCCCACCCUGUUUAACGAGGGCCAUGGGCGUGAAACAUGGCAAGACUCCCUGGACAUUUCUCGAACUGUAGGCUGGUUUACUACAAUAUGUCCUACCCAUAUAGCCGUCGAAUCUGACGAUGUGGUGGACACGUUACGUCGAACCAAAGAUAUCAGGAGAAAAAUUUCUGAUAAUGGAAGAUCGUACUUUGCUCAGAGAUUUCUUACCUCUGCCGGCAAAAUUAAUGCGGACAUUCCGAUGGAAAUCCUUUUUAACUAUCUAGGCAGAAUGCAGCAACUUGAGAGGGAUGAUUCACUCCUUCAACAGUUCGACUUCACCUCCUCGGAAGAGGAUAUACUGACUACUAGUGAUGUUGGACCAGAUACCAAAAGAUUUGCGUUAUUUGAAGUGUCUGCUAUCGUUCUUGAUGAUCAGAUUCAAUUUUCGUUCACGUUUGACCGCACUAUGAAACGCAUCACAGAUAUUAUACGCUGGGUUGAUGAGUGCAAAAGCACACUCAGAGAAACCGUUUUGCGCUUAGCUCAUAGUACUCCCGAACCCACGCUUAGCGAUUAUCCUCUUCUUCCCCUUUCUUACGAAGGUCUAAAGAAGCUCGUCAGGUCAACUUAUCCCAAGGCACGCGUUUCUCAAUGUGAUCAAGUCGAAGAUAUAUAUCCAUGCUCGCCAAUGCAAGAGGGUAUAUUGUUGAGUCAGCUACGGGAUCCAAAUUCGUACCUUUUCAAUUGCAUUUUUGAAGCCAAAUUCAAAUCGACAAAGCAUCAAAUCGACCCCGAUAAACUAUCCGGCGCAUGGUUGAAAGUCGUACAACGCCAUGCAGCACUCAGAACGGUGUUUGUCGACAGCGUAUACAGGGGUGGUACAUUUGAUCAGCUGGUCCUGAAACGAGUGGACAGCGGAAUUGUGUUUGUCAACUGUCACGACUCUGAAGCUAUUACAAAACUAGACGCCAUCACUUUGAAGGAUAACAACUUCAAGAAGCUGCCGAAGCUUCCACAUCAGCUUGCCAUCUGCAAAACACAAAGUGGCAGAGUGCUGAUCAAAGUUGAGAUUAACCACGCAGUCAUCGAUGGUGGGUCGGUCGGUAUCCUGAUGCGUGACAUGGUUGCAGCCUAUGAAGGACGGCUUCCAAAUGGUCCGGGUCCGCUCUACAGCGAUUAUAUCAAGUUCAUCAGAACACAAUCUGCCGACGCGGAUGUGAGGUUCUGGAAGCAAUACCUUGGUGGAAUCAAGCCCUGCCACUUGCCUACACUACAUAUGAAACGUGACAGGCACCUGUCCACUCUUGAGUUGAAUUUCCAUCAGUUCUCUGAGUUACAUGCUUUGUGCGAAAAACUGAGGGUGACUUUAGCUAAUGUCAUACACACUGCGUGGGCCUUCGUUCUUAAACGUCAUACUGGCUCCGAUGACGUCUGCUUUGGAUAUCUUUCUGCUGGACGAGAUGCCCCCGUUGAGAAUAUUCAAGACACUAUUGGCGCCUUUAUCAAUAUGCUCUGCUGCCGGGUACAAUUUUCUCGGACUUUAACCAUAGAGGAUGUUCUACGUACAGUGCAAAAUGACUACCUUGCCAGCUUGCCCCAUCAGCGCUGCUCUCUCGCCGAGGUUCAACACGAACUCGGACUUACAGGAAAGGCCCUGUACAACACCGCUAUAUCUAUUCAGAAUCAUAGUAGAUCCGGCGAUGCCGUGGAAGAAAGUUUGAUGUUUGAUACUGUUUCUGCUCACGAUCCUAGCGAGUUCGCAGUAACUGUCAACGUUGAGACGGCUAAGAAUGACGAAGCGGUUGUGUUUAGAUACUGGAGUGACAUCAUUUCCGACGCUGAAGCUAAGAAAUUGGGAGGUUUCAUGUCCCAAGUUCUUACCAGCUUUCUUACCAGAUCAACCGAACACAUAAGCUAUUUUGACCAUAUGGAAAGUCCUGAACAACAAUUAGUUCAAUCAUGUCGCGAAUUGAUUAAAGUCCCAGACACGCCCCUAGAGACCCCAAGGAUUCUAAACGCGCCUGAGACCUUUAUUAAUGAGGAACGUGAAUCCUAUUAUCCACAAAACCCGAGUGGAAGCUCCAAUGGCCUAAGAAAGGUAGUAGACUCUUGUGUUCGCGAAGUUAUCCAACAAAUGCUACAAAGCGGCACUUUGAAUGGUUCCAGCCCCGACAUAUCUGGCAUCAUGGACCAAAAGAUAUCCGAGGUACUAAGUCAAAAUCAAACACUGGCCAAGACUGCUUUCGCAAAUACCAAUGAUAAGUUUUCAUCAUUCCAUAACAACCCUCGUCUGGAGCUACCAUCUACUGCGAACAACUCAUACGACGGAUUGAGCUACAAUCCCAAGGAUGAUUCUGAUGCCAUUUCUAUGGCUGGACAGAUCAGGAGACGAGGUCGCUCAGCUGCAAUAGAAAAAAAGCUGUUGGCUUUGUGGAGCUCAAUGCUAGAAACAGAAGAGGACACGAUUGCCCCAGAAGACAGCUUCUUCGAGCUAGGGGGCGACAGUCUUACUGCAAUGAGGCUUGUUGGAGCCGCCCGCGAAGAAGGUCUCGCGCUUACUGUUGCCGAUGUUUUCCGUAACCCUGUCUUCGAGGAUAUGGCUGCCAUGAUCAGAGUAACGAGCCUCCUUACAGCUUACAAUGAUGGGGACGGCGAUGUUGAUGGCGAUAACGAUUUAAGCGAAUAUCGGCGAUCAGUCCCAGUGUUGCGAUCAGCUGAAAAAAGUGAAUUAUAUCAACGAUUCUCAUUGGUCAAAGCCACCAAUAUUGAUGCAUUCCUUCAAAGUAAUAUCUGCCCAAAGGUUGGUGUGUUUAAGGGUGGUAUUGCCGAUGUUCUACCUGCAACAGAUUUCCAGGGGCUGGCCAUUACGGGAACGCUAUUAGAUUCCAAGUGGAUGCUGAAUUAUUUCUUCCUUGAUGGAACUGGACCCUUGGAUUUGAAACAGCUGAAGCUUAGCGUUUUCCGGCUUGUCAAUGCCAUUGACGUACUGCGUACAGUUUUCCUUCCCCACGGUGACCGCUUCCUACAGGUGGUCCUUCGCAAGAUGCGACCUGACUUUUUCGUUUACGAAACCGAGUCAGAUAUGAACGAGUUUACUACCAUGUUACAACAGCGUGACCGCGAUCAAGGCCCCCGUCUUGGAGAACCGUUCUUCAAUUUCACCGUAGUCAAACAAAAGGACACUGACUACCACCGGCUAAUUUUCCGGAUUUCCCAUGCCCAGUACGAUGGUGUUUGUCUUCCGAAGAUUUUCAUGGCCCUUCAAUCGGCAUACCAGGACGAAGCCCUACCUAGUAUGCCCUCGUUCACUAACUAUGUCCGUUCAACAGCUAGUACCAUUACCUCUGAUCACUAUCAACACUGGAGGACUCUUUUGAAAGGUUCUCGCAUGACCGAAAUUGUACGCAGGCAUGGUCCAAAUUACCGCCGGUCCGCAGGUGAAACAAUUCAGCUUACACAAACAAUUCUCCUGCCAGCUAUCGCCCAUGGAAGUAUUACUACUGCAACUGUUGUCAAGUCAGCUUGGGCGUUGGUUCUCGCACAGCUUUCGGCUCAUCCAGACGUCGUCUUUGGCCAUACCAUUAGUGGACGUAAUGCCACAAUUCCUGGCGUGGAAAGCACAGUUGGACCAUGCUUAAACAUUGUUCCUGUUCGGGUACAAUUCUGCGAAAAUUGGACUGCCCUUGACUUACUCCGCCUUGUUCAAGACCAACAAGUCUCUAACAUGCCUUACGAGGCACUUGGUUUCCGGGAAAUAACAAAGCACUGUACAGAAUGGCCUGAUUGGACCAAUUACACCACAGUUGUUCAACAUCAAAAUGUCAGCUACGGAAACGAAAUGGAAUUAGGCGGCAAUACAUAUAAAGUCGGAGGUGUGGGUGCGGACGAGGACUUUGCUGACUUUUCUGUCGUGUCGACUCCAAAGGGCUCUGACCAAUGCGAGCUCAGUCUUUCCUUCUCUCGAAACAGCGAUAUCACCCCGAUUUUCGCCCAGAAAGUGCUCAACAUGCUUUGCAACAUUGCUACGAAUUUCACUGCCAAUCCCAGUUCGCCUCUUACGUCGCCUACCGAAAUUACACAGCUUCCUCCGCAAACGCUUGAUGAAACAAGUGGGCCAAAUGAUAGUUACUUCGUCUCAUCGCAACUUCAAGGACUUAGCCGAGCCGACCUUCUUGUCCUCUCCGAUGUCCUUAGCCGCAGCUGGCGUCAAGUGCUUGGGGAUGAUAACACUAAUGGCCUCAACCUUGAAUCCUCUUUCUUUGAUCUCAACGGAGAUAUCAUGGGACUGGCUCAGGUAUCGUGGCUCCUAGAACAAGAAGGCUUUAAGGUACGAAUCGAAGAUCUGAUAGACCACCCCACAAUGCUGGGCCAAAUGGCUUCGAUGUGUGCUGCGAAAGUGGAGCAAGCUAAGAUGAGUGCGUCAUCUACAACGUCUUUAAUUGAUGAAGACACCUCUAUUCCACCGACUCCCACCACUACUACUAUGCAAAAGUCAGAGAAGAAAUCGUGGCUGAAGACCAUGGGUUUAGCAAGAAGAAUGGUCAAACGUAACACCCGAUCAUCCUAA